AAUAUUCUCACAUGCAUCCACUUGACGGCGAUUAGAAAAACCCUAGCCAUCAUCAUGUAUGCGAAUGCGAGUAACAGCAUACGCAGUCGGCCUCGCCUCGGCCAGAGCCUUCUUCAAACAAAGCCGCUGAAAUUUUUGAAAGCGACUUGGCACCAGGGCGUCUUAAAAGCCUCAACGUUCCCGCUUGGACAUUUACACACGCACCUGGCUUGCAGAACGAGAGUCCCGGAGCCGGAGGAAUCCCAACGCAGCCGAAGAAACCUGAACGAUUCUCGGAGAGAUGAAGUACGUGUUAGUGACGGGAGGGGUGGUGAGCGGGCUGGGCAAGGGCGUGACGGCAAGCAGUGUCGGCGUCGUUCUCAAAGCCUGCGGCCUCCGCGUCACCUCCAUCAAAAUAGAUCCUUACCUAAAUACAGAUGCUGGUACCAUGUCUCCGUUUGAACACGGGGAAGUUUUCGUUCUAGACGACGGGGGCGAGGUUGAUCUGGAUCUGGGUAACUAUGAGAGAUUCUUGGAUGUGACACUUACUAGGGAUAACAACAUCACCACAGGGAAGAUAUAUCAGUCUGUCCUCGAAAAGGAACGCAAAGGCGACUAUCUUGGGAAAACUGUUCAGGUGGUCCCACACAUCACAGAUGCCAUUAGGGAUUGGAUUGAAAGGGUAUCCGCCAUUCCAGUUGAUGGGAAAGAGGGCCCAGCAGAUGUUUGUGUGAUUGAAUUGGGUGGCACUGUAGGUGACAUUGAAUCAAUGCCGUUCAUUGAGGCUCUACGACAACUAUCCUUCUCAGUUGGUCAAGAUAAUUUCUGCCUCAUUCAUGUGAGCCUUAUACCUGUACUGGGUGUUGUAGGGGAGCAAAAAACAAAGCCCACACAACAUAGUGUGCGGGAACUGAGAGCAUUGGGCUUGACUCCUCACUUAUUAGCAUGUCGUUCUGCCCAGCCUUUAUUGGAAAACACAAAACAGAAACUCUCACAGUUUUGCCAUGUUCCAGGUGGUAAUAUUCUCAAUAUCCAUGAUGUUCCAAAUAUUUGGCAUGUUCCUCUUUUACUUCGGAACCAAAAUGCUCAUAAUGCGAUCCUAAAUCAGCUAGAUUUACUCAAGGUUGCUACUACUCCUGAUUUACAAGAGUGGAUGAAUAGGGCAGAGACAUUUGACAAUCUCAGCAAUUCGGUGAGAAUUGCAAUGGUUGGGAAGUAUGUUGGCUUAGCGGAUUCAUAUUUGUCUGUUGUGAAGGCUCUUUUGCAUGCCUGUAUUGCAUGUUCAUUGAAGCCAUCUGUUGACUGGAUUGCAGCUUCAGACCUGGAAGAUGAUACUGCAAAUUUGGCACCUGAAGCUUAUGCUGCAGCAUGGGAAACUUUGAAGAAUGCAGCCUGCGUCUUAGUUCCUGGUGGAUUCGGAGAUCGUGGCGUGCAAGGAAUGAUGUUAGCUGCGAAGUAUGCCAGGGAGAAUAAAGUUCCAUAUCUUGGCAUUUGCUUAGGCAUGCAGAUUUCUGUAAUUGAGUUUGCUAGAUCAAUUUUGGGUUGGGAAAAGGCAAACAGUCAUGAAUUUGAUGCUGACACACCCAAUCCUGUUGUAAUCUUCAUGCCUGAGGGUUCAAGAACGCAUAUGGGAAGUACAAUGAGGCUGGGGUGUCGAAGAACUCUGAUUCAGACUCCUGACUGUGUUACUGCCAAAUUGUAUCACAAUUCAGAAUAUGUGGAUGAACGUCAUCGGCAUAGAUAUGAGGUGAACCCAGAGGUUGUCGAGAGAUUAGAAGACGCUGGCCUGAAAUUUGUGGGGAUGGAUGAAAGUGGAAAGCGGAUGGAGGUCUUAGAACUGCCUAGUCAUCCAUUCUAUGUGGGAGUGCAGUUCCAUCCAGAAUUUAAGUCACGGCCUGGGAGGCCUUCAGCUCUGUUUCUAGGUCUUAUAUUGGCAGCAACAGGGCAGUUAGCAGCAUAUAUUAGCAAACAACAGAAUGGAAGUCUAUAGGAAACUCUCUCAGUUUGAAUAGAUUCACAUGAAUUAUACAGGAAUACAGGGUUUAGAUGCUUUAAAGGCGAACUGGCACUCAUUGAGGCUCAAAAAGAGGGAUCGGCAAUGGUGUAAAAGUCGCAAAAAACAGGGAUAGAACUAAGGUGGAGAAAUUCUUCUCUCCUUGCUGCAUUCUGCAAGUGUUUUUUUACGCCUUUUCCACCAAAAGGGAACAAAAAAUGGAGGGAUAGACGACAAUUGACAGGCCGUCAUCUCAAGUUUUCUCUGGUAACCGAGGGACUUUCUUUAGCUUUUGGAUAACACAGUCUGAAGCAUGGCAAUGGAUUGAUAUUGUCGACAUGGUUGAAUUCUAGGAACAUUUCCGCUUAAUAUGAGUAGAAGUAGAAAUUCCAUUUUACUUGAAGAAAGAGCAAAUAUUAAAUUCAUUGGUCGCCAUCUGAUCUCACUUGUAAUGUAACGUAUGUUUUGCUUUGCAACCUCAGUCGGUUUCGUAAUUCUGGAGAUUCAAAAACCUUUGUAGCAUUGAUGUUACUACACAAGAAAUAUUAAUUUUAAUGAGUGUCA